AUGAUAGAGCGACAUUCGAUAUGUGCAGAGGUCUAGCCCAGUUCGUGGCGCUGGUGUCUGUUUUACCCUCAGCUAGAGGCUGGCAGUUCGCACUUAGCCCUCGUUUCGCUGGGAAAACCCCGGGCACCCGACUUAGACGUGUUCAGAGCAUGGACAUGAAAAUGAUCAGCGUUGACGACAUUUGGCCACAGCUCGCAGGGAAAGAGACCUGCGCCAACGAGGCUGCCGGGAAGGUAAUUCGAGCAGCCUGGGCUGUAGCCACUACCAACCCUGACACAACAAACGGUAGAGGCGCGUCUUCUUCUUCUGCCUCUUGGAGUAUCAGACGCAGCGUCGUGGAGUACAACGACGGGGACACAGCCCUCCAAGGCCUUUACACAAGACCCGAAGGCGAGGGCCUUCCCGACCGGCUUCCUGGCGUCAUCCUUGCGCACACCGCAGUGGGCCCGCAGGAAGACAUGAUUCUGUGGAAGCUGGAUCAGAUUGCCCUUCUCGGCUACGCGGCGUUCGCUCUCGACAUGUUCGGCACGGGGCGUGCCCUGUGGAACCGCGCCGAAUCCCUUGCGGCGAGAAGGCCCAUCACCGAGGACCGAUCCCUCAUGCAGGCACGUGCGACGGCGGCUGUCCGAACCCUCAGCCAGAUGGAAGGGAUUGAUGAAGAGAGGCUCGCGGCGGUGGGAUACUGCUUCGGGGGCAUGACAGUCUUGGAUCUCGCGAGGAUGGUACGCCCUGACGGUGACGAUGCCGGUGCAAACACGCCUCCGCGGCUUAAAGCGGUGGCGUCCCUGCACGGGAUCCUAGCGCCGAUUUCGCCGGGGACAGGGGGAGAGGACGGUGCGGGUCUCGCAGCGGAUGACGCCGCGCUUGCUGUGCCAAGGGUGCUGGUCUUGCACGCAACGGCGGACCCGUUUGUGCCGCCAGAGCAGGUGCGAGCGAUGGAAGAGGAAUUAUCGCGGCGAGGGGCAAGGCUCGAGGUCGUCCGGUACGGCGGGAGUGCCAUGCACGCCUUCACGAGACCCGAAAAGACGAGUCAGGUCGACAGGGACGCGGGCCUGUCGUACUGCAAGUACGCCGAAGAGGACUCGUGGCGGAGAGUCGUGGAGCUACUGCGGGAGGAGUUUGCGUGAAACCAGAUUGGUAUGGUAUCGUCACUGGGGUAUUGCCUUUUCGACCUUUUCUUUUCCAUUCUCAACUUCGUUUUUCAUUGCGUUUUGACUAGGCGACUUGCUAAGGAAUCAUCACAUCGCCGACGUUGUUUCCUCUAGACGCGUUUCGUUGGCCCUCGACGGUCCGCGGAGAGAGAAAGAGAGAGGGCUCGCGCGCACUCGCUGUCUUUUCCUUUCACAAUCACGUCACAGCGUGGCUAGAGAGGAGAGCGUAUGUAUGACAAUGUCCACCCUCCAGGGCGCCGUGUCUUCUUGAGCGUCUCGCGUUGCCAACAUUUUGAAGCUUUCGGGAGGUCAUUGUCCCGCGUGAGACCCCACAACAAACCGGCAACGUAAGACCGCAACAAGUAUGUAUAGCGCGCUAAUUUAGCGACGGGAACUUUUCCGAUACGUACUAUGCAUACUUGUUACAUGAUUAGGUUUCAACAAGGUCUGCCCGGUCGUUCACCCGAGACUAAGCCAAAGAGUUUCGAGACCAAGAACUCAUACGUGUGAGUCAACGCGCCGGCAUGCACAACUGCAGCGGGAACCUGGCAAUGAGCGCCUCCGACGUGCCGAAAACCAACGUCUGUUCGUUGAUGAGGACGGCCCCCACGGCUCCAGCAGUACCCCUCACUCCCCCUACGAGCUCCCACCUCUGCUGCUGCUGCUGCUGACGCCUGGUCUGCCCGCUGCCGAGGUUGUCUCGCUCCGCUUCUUCGUCGCCAUGCUCAGCGUUGCUGGUUAUGGUUGGUGCCCACAGCUUAACCGUGGCAUCCCCGCCGCCGGUUGCAAAGGCACCGGAGAGAGAUGACCCAUGCACCGCCCAAACCCCAUGCCUGAUUAUUGUGGGCCCGGGUGCGAUCAUUCAGAGAGAUUUGGGUCAGAAACGCGGGUUUUCUGAUAUAUGUGCGAAAGAUCACGACAGUCGGUUUCUGUUCUCCGCAAAUGUACCAUGCCCACGAACGAUGGUGAUUGUAACAAUGUUGGCCUUGGAUUGGGUGAGAGCUUGCCCUUGCGGGGCGGGUCAGCCAGGCGCGCAAACGACGGCGAGGACAAACUUUAGGUCCUGAUACCUCAUGUUCACAAUAUAAUUUUCUCUAGUUCGCUCGUACGUAGUUGUAUUCCGGUCUCCAAUCGCUUCCCCCUUUCGAUCGGUAUGGUUUUGGGGUCUUGCGGCGACAACGCGAAUUGCUACUCGGUGACAAAACAAACAGUGUCAGAGUACAGCAGCCUCCCAUCCCCCAUCCCACAUAAGAGACAAGUGCACAGUUUUUAGCCCAAGAACGAUACCGAUUCCUCAUCAUGUAGAACGAGAGCCCACACACCCACCUGUGUCCUUCAAGUACCGCACGACACGUCCAAUCUCUCUCUCCCUUGUCAUCAACACCGUGUUGUCCCCAAACUCUGGCAGUGCCGUCGCCAGACCCGCUAACAAUAAGGGCCUCCUCCCCCGCUCUCUUGGCAUAACCGUGGCCUCCUUGUGGCCAAGAAACGGUGCAAAUCGCCCCGACGGUACCGCCAUGGCCACCAAGAACGGCUUGGCAGGUUAGGGUGUCCUGGUCCCACACUCUAAACGUGUCGUGUGAACCCGAAACCAAGAGAUU